GCAUAAAUUCACUUCACUGACCUUCAUUGGUAUCGUAGCGGUGGACUAACUACACUUUUAACAAUUAAUCGUCCUCAACUUCCGCUAAUCUACCCCUCCAUCGACUUAUAUAUCAUAGGCUCUAAUGACCCAAUCGAUUUUCUCGUUGCAAAGAAUAAAGACCCUUCAGAUUUUUUUUUGUUUGCGCUCUUUUCAACCUCCAACUCCAUAGAUCACAAUCACCGGAGCUACGGUAGCACAUCAGCUUCCCAACAUGUGGAUCCUACCAUUGCUAGGGUAUUUAGGUGUUAUUGUAGGAUUCUCAUUUCUUACUUUGGCUAUAGCCUCUGGGCUCUACUAUCUGUCGGAGCUUGUAGAAGAACAUACGGUCCUCGCGCGUCGGCUUUUGACCCGUUUGAUAUACAGUAUUAUCCUCAUCCAGGUUCUUCUGUUCGUGUUUGAUCGGUUUCCUUUCUCUUUAUCUCUGCUCAGUAUCGGCUCGCACAUCGUUUAUGCGAGCAAUCUAAGGAGAUUCCCUGUCGUCAAGUUGUCGGAUCCCCUUUUCAUACUGUCUUGUGUUCUUGUUGGACUAAACCAUUGGCUCUGGUUCCGUUAUUUUUCGAAACCCUUACCUGCCUCGCGAGCUGCAUCCAACUGGCGCCAACCAUACCAAGCCAAUGUGGAGGAUAUGCCGACUUUCACUGAAGUCGCGUCUUAUUUUGGGCUUUGUGUCUGGCUGGUCCCCUUUGCGCUGUUUGUUAGCCUCAGUGCGGGUGAGAAUGUCUUACCCAGCAUAGGAUCCGAAUAUGCUACGGGUGGCCACGUUUCAACCGCAGAGCUCGCUCGAGGUAUGUUACCUUCAGAUGGGAAAUCCAAGAACAAGGGCAUGGCAAAGGUUCUGGUGGAUAGUGUUCGUGACUGGGUCAAAGAAAAUGGCGAACUGAUGGGAUUUUGGAGGGGCGAACGCUCAAAAGUGUUCUGAACCCUAUGUAUUACUUUAACCGUCAAAGCCACAU